AUGAUCAAGUCACGGCAGCAAUAUGCGGAUAAACUAGAUUUCAUCGAGAUCGGGGACUUCGAGAACACGAACGUGUUUGAUGGGAAGAUAGAGGGUAUUGAUGGUAUCAUUCACGUUGCCAGUCCCUUCACGUACGAUGUCAAGGAUAACGAGCGAGAACUCAUCCUACCAGCAAAGAAUGGUGUGCAUGCGAUCAUGUCUGCGGCAGAGGCUCAACCAAACAUUAAGCGGAUCGUCAUUACUUCGUCUUUCGCUGCUGUGCUCAACGCCGAUCGCAAGGCACCUCCUUACUUCGAUUACACGAGUGAUGACUGGAACCCAUUAACUGAGGAAAAGGCUUGCACCCCUGGAACAAGCCCAAUCAUUGCGUACAGAGCAGCAAAGAAGUACGCAGAAUUAGUCGGCUGGGACUGGAUGCGGGCCCCCGACGAAGGCAAAUCUCGGCACUUCGACCUCGUGACACUAUGCCCCCCAAUGACAUUCGGACCGGUCGUACAUCCAGUCAGCGGGGUUUCGAAGCUGAACGAGUCAAAUGCGAUGCUUUGGAAAAUUGCAAAGGGUGAAACCCCCCUUCCGGUGGCCAGAGUCCCAUUCUGGAUUGAUGUUCGAGACCUUGCCGUGGCGCAUGUUGAGGCGCUCUUACGGCCCGAGGCAGGUGGAAAGCGAUACCUCUUGGGAGCCAACGAUCGUUUCUCGUACGGUUUGGCUGCGAAAAUUAUGGCUGACAGCUUUGAAUGGGCGAGGGGCACUGUUGCCCAGGAGGAGCAGGCAAUCGACACGUCGCACGGUCUGGAGAACAAAAUUGCGGCAAAGGAGCUUGGUCUGAACUACCGGACGUUUGAUCAGACAGUCAUCGAUCUCGUGACGCAAGCCAGAAAGAUGGAUAUUGAAGAGACGAAGUCAUAA